AUGUACGGUAACCGACUCUCCCGCGAGUUCACUACGGGUUUGAAAGAUUUCCUCGUAGUGGCUAAUGCGAACAAGCAGAAGGGUUUUGUUAUCUGUCCAUGUGUUGACUGUAAGAAUCAGAAGGGUUACUCUUCCUCAAGAGAAGUUCACCUGCACCUGCUUCGGCACGGUUUCAUGCCAAGCUAUAAUUGUUGGACCAAGCAUGGAGAAAGAGGGGUUAUAAUGGAAGAAGAUGAAGAAGGGGAUGAUUUCAUCGAUGAAAGCUAUCUUGCUCAUUUCGGUGAUACUUUCAUGGAGGAUGCUGAAGGUGAAGGGGAAGGUGAAGGGGAAGGUGAAGGUGAAGAAGAGGCACGUGAUGAGACCGUUGAUGAUCUUGGUCGGACCAUUGCUGAUGCACGGAGACGCUGCGAAACUGAAAAGGAGAGGGAGAAUUUGGAUCGCAUGUUAGAGGAUCACAUAAAGUCGUUGUACCCCGGAUGCGAUGAUGGUCUGAAAAAGCUGGGCUGCACACUGGAUUUGCUGAAAUGGAAGGCACAGGCAGGUGUAGCUGACUCGGCAUUUGAAAACUUGCUGAAAAUGUUGAAGAAUAUGUUUCCAAAGAAUAACGAGUUGCCCGCCAGUACGUACGAAGCAAAGAAGGUUGUCUGCCCUCUAGGUUUAGAGGUUCUGAAGAUACAUGCAUGCAUCAACGACUGCAUCCUCUACCGCGGUGAAUACGAGAAUUUGAAUGAAUGCCCGGUAUGCACUGCAUUGCGUUAUAAGAUCAGAGGCGAUGACCCUGGUGACGAUGUUGAGGGCGAGAAACCCAGGAAGAGGGUUCCCGCCAAGGUGAUGUGGUAUGCUCCUAUAAUACCACGGUUGAAACGUCUGUUCAGGAACAAAGAGCAUGCCAAGUUGUUGCGAUGGCACAAAGAGGACCGUAAGUCGGACGGGGAGUUGAGACACACCGCAGAUGGAACGCAAUGGAGAAAGAUCGACAGAGAGUUCAAAGAUUUUGCAGCUGACGCAAGGAACAUAAGAUUUGGUCUAAGUACAGAUGGCAUGAAUCCUUUUGGUCCGAAGCAACCCGGCAACGACAUCGAUGUGUACCUAAGGCCAUUAGUUGAUGAACUUUUACAGCUGUGGGGCAGACCUGGUGUCCGUGUGUGGGAUGAGCACAAAGAAGAGGAAUUUGACCUACGAGCGUUGCUUUUCGUAACCAUCAACGAUUGGCCUGCUCUUAGUAACCUUUCGGGACUGUCAAAUAAGGGAUACAAUGCAUGCACGCACUGCUUACAUGAGACUGAAAGUGUACAUUUGCCAAAUUGUAAGAAGAACGUGUACCUUGGGCAUCGUCGAUUUCUUCCGAAAAUUCAUCCAGUAAGAAAGAAAGGCAAGCAUUACAACGGCAAGGCAGAUCACCGGCCGAAGCCUGCGGAACACACUGGUGCUGAGGUAUUUGAUAUGGUCAAGGAUUUGAAAGUCAUCUUUGGAAAGGGUCCUGGCGGACAAUCAGUUCCGAAGGGAGCUGACGGGCACGCAGCCAUGUGGAAGAAGAAAUCUAUAUUCUGGGAGCUAGAAUAUUGGAAAGUCCUAGAAGUCCGCUCUGCAAUCGACGUGAUGCACGUUACGAAGAAUAUUUGCGUGAACCUCCUAAGUCGUGCCAGCUACGCUCUGACCAAAGAAGAGAAGGUCAUCUUUUUUGAAUGCCUGAGCAGUAUGAAGGUCCCGUCUGGAUUCUCGUCCAAUAAAAAGGGAAUAAUAAACAUGGCGGAGAAAAAGUUCCAAAACCUGAAGUCUCACGACUGCCACGUGAUUAUGACGCAAUUGCUUCCGAUUGCUUUGAGGGGGCUCCUGCCGGAAAAUGUUCGAGUAGCCAUUGUGAAGCUAUGUGCAUUCCUCAAUGCAAUCUCUCAGAAGGUAAUCAAUCCAGAAGUUCUACCACAGUUACAGAACGAUGUGAUCCAAUGUCUUGUCAGUUUCGAGUUGGUGUUCCCGCCAUCCUUCUUCAAUAUUAUGACGCACCUCUUGGUUCACCUAGUCGAAGAGAUUUUCAUUCUCGGUCCUGUAUUUCUACACAAUAUGUUCCCCUUCGAGAGGUUCAUGGGAGUAUUAAAGAAAUAUGUUCGUAACCGUGCUAGGCCAGAAGGAAGCAUCGCCAAGGGCUAUGGAAAUGAGGAGGUAAUUGAGUUUUGUGUUGACUUUGUUCCUGACCUUAAGCCGAUUGGUCUUCCUCGAUCGCGGCACGAGGGGAGACUAAGUGGAAAAGGCACGAUCGGAAGGAAAUCAACGAUAUGUAUGGACGGCCAUUCUCUGACUGAAGCACACCACACUGUACUGAACAAUUCCAGCUUGGUGGCUCCGUACUUUGAGAAACACAAGAAUAUUUUACGCUCACCAUCUUCGACUAUAACGACUUUCCAAGGGUACGACAUAAAUGGGAAUACAUUUUACACGAUCGCCCAAGAUAAAAAGAGCACCAACCAAAACAGUGGUGUCCGCUUUGAUGCAGCAACCGAGAAUGGGCAAAAGGUCACAUAUUAUGGUUACAUAGAGGAGAUAUGGAAACUUGACUAUGGACCCUCCUUUAAGGUCCCUUUGUUCCGGUGCAAAUGGUUCAAGCUAACAGGAGGUGGGGUAAAGGUGGACCAGCAAUACGGAAUGACAAUGGUGGAUUUCAACAAUCUUGGUUACCUUGACGAACCAUUCGUCCUAGCGAAAGAUGUCGCUCAGGUUUUCUAUGUGAAGGACAUGAGUAGCAAACCGAGGAAACGGAAAGAUAAGAAAACGAUCAGUACAUCAUGCGAUGAUCCAAAGCGCCACAUUGUUCUUUCAGGGAAAAGAAAUAUCGUGGGAGUGGAGGACAAGACAGACAUGUCAGAAGAUUAUAAUAUGUUUGCUGAAAUUCCGCCCUUCAAAGUGAACACCGACCCAAGCAUUAAGUUAAAUGAUGAGGAUGCUCCAUGG